AUGUCUCUCAAGAAUGCACGUAGAGAAGACGAUCGCCAUGACUGCUUCCUUAAAUCUAAGCAUAUGAACAUCAGUAAGCGUGGAAGAUAUGGGAAAUGCAUAACUUCAAAGGUUUUGGAAUACCAAAUCGGCGUUUUCUGGGACAUGAAACCAUUUGUCGUUGCGAAACAAAGACUGCAAAUCAAAAUAGUGCAAUCAACUGGCAAAAUUGCAAGUGUAUUCCCCAGUUGGUAA